AUGCCCGCCCCACGGCCAGUUUCGCGAUGCGUCCAGCGCAGCUCGCAAGUGCUUUCUCGAACUCAGCUGCGUCCCGCCAGAUCAACCUUUUCCCCUGCCACAAUCGCUGCCAGAUCAUCUCUUACAAGGAGAACGAGUACGGCAUUAUGGUCCGCUGCAAAAGUACCAAUGGCCGCUCGCGCCUUUAGCACAACUUCGAGACUCCGAGACGACGACACAGAUUUCGACCCCGCCACUGUCGAACGCGAGUCUGACGAGGUUGAUGUCUGCAUUGUAGGAGGCGGUCCUGCUGGUCUCAGCGCUGCUAUUCGUCUUAAGCAGCUCGCCAGUGACGCUGGAAACGAGGACUUCCGCGUGCUUGUCUUGGAAAAGGCUGGCGAUCUCGGCGCUCAUAUCCUCUCCGGAGCUGUCAUCCAGCCUACCGCCAUCAAUGAGUUGUUCCCCGACUGGCUCGACGAGAACAACCCCAACCGAUUCGAACACGCCACUCCCGCCGGCACCGAUCGUAUGCGAUUCCUCACCAAGAACUCUGCCAUUCCUAUCCCUGCGCCUCCCCAGAUGACCAACCAUGGAAACUACAUCGUCAGCUUGAAUCAAUUCGUCAAGUGGCUUGGCGAGCGUGCCGAAGAGAUCGGUGUUGAGGUCUACCCUGGCUUUGCUGCUUCCGAGGUUGUCUACCAUGCAGAUGGCUCUGUCAAGGGUGUUGCCACCAACGAUCUUGGUGUUGGCCGCGACGGUAAGCCCAAAGAAACCUUUGAGCGAGGCAUGGAGUUCCACGCCCGAGUAACCAUGUUUGGCGAAGGUUGCCACGGAAGUUUGAGCAAGCAGGUUAUCAACAAAUUCGACUUGCGAAGGGAUAGCCAGCACCAGACUUACGGUCUUGGUGUCAAGGAAGUCUGGGAGAUUGACCCCGCCAAGUUUGAAAAGGGUCUGGUUGUGCACUCGAUGGGCUAUCCAUUGCCCAAGGACGUGUAUGGUGGCUCCUUCAUGUACCACUUUGGUGAAAACCUUGUUCAGAUCGGUCUCGUCACCUCGCUUGACUACACAAACCCAUGGAUGUCGCCGUACCAAGAGUUCCAGAAGCUCAAGCGACACCCUCUUUUCCGCGAUGUUCUCGAGGGUGGAAAGUGCAUUUCGUACGGUGCCCGUGCUCUGAUUGAGGGUGGUUUCCAGUCCAUCCCCAAGGUUGCUUUCCCUGGUGGUGCGCUCAUUGGUGACUCAGCUGGUUUCGUCAACGUUCCCAAAGUCAAGGGCACACACAAUGCCAUGAAGUCAGGCAUGCUGGCCGCCGAGGCAGCAUGGACUGCUCUUAGCGAGAAGACUGACGAAGGCACAGUCUUCCUGUACGACUACGAGAACAAGCUUCGGGACUCUUCUAUCUGGAAGGAGCUCCACGAGGUCCGUAACAUGCGGCCAUCUUUCCAUACCCCUCUCGGUCUUUACGGCGGUAUAAUGUACUCCGGUCUUGAAGCCUAUGUCUUCAAGGGCCGAGUCCCUUGGACGCUCAAGCACAAGACCCCCGACCACGCGUCCACUCUUCACGCCGACAAGGUUCCCAAGAUCGAAUACGAGAAGCCCGACGGCAAGCUCACCUUUGAUAUCUUGACAAGUGUCUCCCGUACUGGAACCAACCACGAGGAAGACCAGCCCGUUCACCUUCAAGUCAAGGAUUGGGACGCCCACACCGAGUCGACAUACCCGCCUUACAAGGGCAUGGAGAACCGAUUCUGCCCAGCUGGCGUUUACGAGUAUGUUGAGGAUGAAUCAAAGCCCCAUGGCGUUCGAUUCCAAAUCAACGCACAAAACUGUAUCCACUGCAAGACAUGUGAUAUCAAGGCGCCUCACCAGGAUAUCAACUGGCAAGUGCCACAGGGAGGCGAGGGUCCCAAGUACUACAUGACCUAA